AUUUUCGGGUGUCCAAAAAAUGGGAUCCGAUUUGUAGACCUCUAUCCAUUGCCAUAUCCCCAGACCUGCCACGUGUAUGAAGUCAAAUAUAGCCAUGCGCACUCUAGCAUCUGCCGCCCUCUCGUCCAACUUUCCCGGCGGCGCUCUCAAAACAAUAUACACACGAUGUCGGUUUCCACCACUCUCUCCCCACCAAAUCCUCUUGCGUUUCCUCACCUCAGCUCUCAUGCACGUCACCGCACCUCAUCCUUUCCCAUGGCCACCAUCAUCCGCCGCCAUCUAAACCCUAUCCGGCGUCGAUCCCUCGCUAUCGCCGCGGCAGUUCGUCAACAACAAGACACCACUCUCUGGACCCCCGCCUCUUUAGCCAACGUAAAGCCUGCUGCAGAAUCUCUCUUCCACAUAACCAUCGACGUUUCGGAAUCCCCGGAUCUGGCCUCGUCCUACACCCUUGCCGGACAAUACCUACAGCUCCGCCUCCCUGAUGUCGAGAAGCCUUCCUUUUUAGCGAUUGCUUCGCCUCCGUCACUGGCUUCCACGACCGGUGUUUUUGAGUUUUUGGUUAAAAGUAUCGCUGGAUCCACGGCGGAGCUCUUGUGUGGUCUCGGAAAAGGCGAUGUUGUAGAGUUGAGCCCUGUUAUGGGGAAAGGAUUCAAUACAGAUCAGAUAUCUCCGCCUGAGGAUUACCAAUCUGUUCUAAUUUUUGCAACGGGAUCCGGAAUUAGCCCAAUUCGAUCUUUAAUCGAAUCAGGAUUUAGUGCAGACAAGAGAUCAGAUGUGAGGUUAUACUAUGGUGCAAGAAACCUUCAAAGAAUGGCUUAUCAGGAUAGAUUCAAAGCCUGGGAAUCUACAGGGGUUACAAUCAUCCCGGUGUUGUCUCAGCCUGCUGAUAGUUGGGCUGGUGAAUCCGGCUAUGUACAAGCAGCUUUUGCAAGAGCUAAACAACUCUAUGCACCCGAGUCAACCGGGGCUGUGCUUUGUGGUCAAAAACAGAUGGCCGAGGAAGUUACUUCUAUUCUUGUUGACAAUGGUGUACCUAAUGAGAAGAUUUUGAAAAACUUUUGA